AAAUUGCCGGUUAGACCCAAUAAAAACUGCCAUCACAACUAUUAUAUUCCAUUAUUGUUUAGUUUCAAGUGAAUUAUGUUAGUGUUUUUAGCAACUAAAUAAUAUUUUGAAAAAUAGCAGCAAGAGGAAAAAAUAAGCGACAUGAUAAGGAUAGUUGCAUUAAAUGAGGAGUGCAAUGAAGAACCAGAAGACCAAAUUGUGGUCACUAAAGAAGCACAGGAAGCGAUUGCAGAAGCCGAAUAUUUAAAGGCUAUAAAUUUAAAAUGGAAAGGUGACGUCAAAUCCGCGCUCUCUUUGCUAAGUCAGCUUUUGGAAACUCAAGUUCUCAAUGAGCUACUUGCAGAAGAAUCUAAUGGAAAACUGCGCACGAUUCGUUAUAAUUGCCAUAAAAAUAUAGCCUUCAUAUAUGAAGAAAAGAAGGAGUACGAGCAGGCAUUGGAACACUAUAUAAUGGCCACACAAUUAGACGACACGGAUGUACACACCAUGCAUCGAUUUGGCCAAUUGGCGCUAAAACUUAACGUAAUAGAAUUGGCUGAAUUUGCCUUUGAACGAUGCUUGCGCUGCAAUGCCACGCAUUGGAGUGCAGCAGAUGGUAUGUUACGGACAUUAUGUGAAAAUCACAAUAUAAUAGGGGCAUAUGGUUACGCAUUGAAACUAUACAAUAGAGACCCGACUUACGAGAGGGCUGCAAAAAUACUUUAUGAAAUAUCUAACACUUUCGAAUCAUCUAUGCCCCUUUGCGAGGAUAUGUAUGGCCCAAUACCAAAAACAUUAGAACCACUUGAGUCGUGGGCGAAUUCUAGUGUAUUUCCACGAAAAUAUCGUGAGUGCAAAAAAGAAGAAAAUAUAGCACUACCCGCUGAAAUAAUAAAAAGAAUAUGCGUUAAAGAAUUAAAUUGGGUUACUCUCGGCCAGUAUAUAAUCUCCUUAUACCAAUAUAUGCAAGAAAAUGGCAAGUCACUAAUCUUUCUUUUGAGCCUGAAAGAUAUAUUAGCCGAAAGGAAUGAUUUGAUCAAUAUGGAAAAUGUCGAUCCAGUGGAAAUUUGUGAUAAAACCCAUAUAACCGUUGUAACUAAUACUAAUUCCAAUGGUAAUCACGAUGUAGCAAUUGAAACUGAUUUGACUAAUGUCAGCAAUAUGCAAAUCCAAACUGAAAUACCUCCUACAACUAAUACACCGCCGUGUAGUGAGUCAGAGCAAACAAAAAGGAAUGCUGAAAACUCACCGGACGAAGCGGAAGGAGAUGAGAAAUCUACUGGCAAUACAGAAACGAAUAAACCUAAGCCACGUAGACGUUGCAGCGAUUUACAUUUCCUUGAACAGUGGGGUUGGCAUAAAAAUCGUCGUUAUAAUUCUCGUAAGAAAGUUUCAACCGAUCGUGUUGAAAUAGAUACUUCUUUAAAAGGUAUAUUGAAGAAAAUCUUCGUAAAGUACACGACUGUUAACUUUGAUAAAUUAUGGCCUUUCGGUUCAGGAACAUCGAAAAUAGGAGCUGAAAAAUGCAACACAUGUGCAAGUGACACAAUGUCAAAUAAUGAAUUUCAGGAAAUGACCAGGGAAAUGUUUACUGAGUUUAUAGCUAAAAUUGAGGCACAAAGUCUUGAUCCUUCACUUCUGGUUUUUGAAUGGUUGAAAUAUAUAUCAUCUUAUUGGACAAACAGUCUGCCAGACGAUAUACGUGUUUUAUAUCUAGAAAUAUUUCCCAUUUACUUGGAUAAUUUUGACUGUUCACCAUGGAAUUUACAGAGUACUGAAGCGAUUGAGACAUUUUAUAGAAUGGCCAUACUAUAUUUAGAAUUGGAUUACACCAUGAAAAAGUUGCAAAACGAUGAUCUUUCACCUAUGUGGAAACAAGUGUUCGAUCAAUUAACGUUCAGGUCUGGCAUCGCUUGUGUGGAGCUCGGUCCAGCAUUCCAUCCGUAUAAAUUACGUCUAAUAAACUUAGAAUACUUAUGGUGCAACAACCUCAAUGAAUUAGGAAAAUGUAUUGCAUGCUUGGACUAUAUUGCCGAAAUCAUAUCACAAAUUGAUGAAAAUGAUUAUAUAUUGCAUAUACCAAAUUUAAAUACCAAAUGUAUAUCAAAGAAUGUAGUGCAUGAAACGAUUAUUGAUUUCAAAAGACGCAUUUCGUUAAGCAAGAUACCCAAGCUUUUCGAGCAAGAAAAAUGGGUGGAAAUUGUAGAUAUUUUAACAGAAAAUUUGUAUAAUGACAUUGUUAUGGAUGAUUGCGAAAAUUGGGUAAGAAACUUUAAAACUCAAAUAGAAGUAUUGCUACAAUCUUAUUGGAAUAUAAACGCAUAUGAGGAUUGCUUGAAAUGGGCUGAGAAGUUCUUACACUUUUGUAUACAAAAAUAUAUGCAAGAAACAAAUAAAGUGCGCCAGCAAGAGCUGUGGUCUGUAGCACUAAAUUAUAUUUACUCAUAUAUAGAAGUAUUAAUCUUAAACGAGGGCAAUGAUAUAUUGCAUUGUUUAGAUGAGAUGCUGGCCCGUCUCGUACAAAAUACAAUUUGCAUAUUAUCAUUUCACUUAGAUGGGAAUCAGGCUGUUGAUAAGAGUAGCACUCCAGAGAAAGAAUUCGAUAUGAAACGGCCAUUUGUUAUUUUACAUCAAAUUAUGUUGAGAGACGAGAAUAAUACCUUAACUGUUACGAAAUCGAAAACUGCUAAUAACGCUGAAGAAGAAGAGGGUCCUUUACCAGGCUCAUUUUCUAUAUUAUUCACUGCACAUGAAUUUUUAGGCAAAUACCAGUGCUGUACACGGAAUGAUGGCGAUUUCUUGCAUUAUAUUUUAGAUGUUAUUGUGCCCAUAAUUCGUGCACCACUUUAUGACUCAUGUCGAGAUGCACUCUACGAAUAUCUAGAGCAAGUAACUUUUUGCUUGUAUGGCUAUCCGCAAAAGAAAGCACGUUCUCGCCAUCUCGAAGAUCAUGAGGCAACCAAUGUCGAGUUAACAUGGCCAAAGGCUAUUCAAACAUUUGACUUAUAUAGACCAGAGUGUUUGCCUGAAAUUAACUCGUAUAAGUUAGAAUCAAUAACAGCAGAUUUAGAACAGUUCUUCUUAAAAAUUGUUGCUUUAAUGCCUACGGAGCUCGAUCCAACACCAGCCACGACAAAGAUACAAGAAUUCAUUAAAGGAAAUGAUUUUGAAACACUCGAACCAGCACAUACAUCAUUACCGCAUAAAAUACGUUCUAUUUUUUAUUUACUGGCUGAUUAUUAUUUUAAAAAUCGAGAUUUUUCUAAAGCAAUUAAGUAUUAUACAUUGGAUUUAACGAUAAGUCCCACGCGAUUUGAUUCGUGGGCGGGUAUGGCUUUGUCUAAAGCGAGCAAAAUCGAAACAAGGCUGAAUGCAUUGACACCAUUGAAUCCGAAUAACGUAUUGGCAGAAUCAGAGGAUACAAUUCGUUGUUUUGAAAUGUGUAUUUGCUUAAAUCGCCAACAAACUUUACUCUGGAUAGAAUAUGGCUCAUUCACAUACACACUCCAUUCGUAUUGCUCACGGCAAUUAAAAAAUGCAGCAGAAAAUUUAACAACUGAACAAUCAUCGAUGCUGCAAGCGCGCAAAGGACGUGUAUUGAAUAUAGCUCAUAAUUGCUUUUCUUUAGCUGCAGCUUUACAAAAUACUGAGGAAGCAGAAAGUGAUGAUAAUGAAGAUUCACAUGAAGAGAAAUGGUUAUGUCAGUAUAUGUUGGGCAAAAUCGCUGAGAAACAAAAAGAACAUCCUAAAAAGUAUUUAAAUUUUUACUUGAAGGCUGCCAAUAAUCUUUAUGAAAGCAAUGCUACAUACCCCAUUAAAAUCAAUCAUAGCAAUCCCACAACAUUAUCUGUAGAAGCUUUGGAGAUUUUUUACCGCACCAACGCGUCCAUAAUUAAGUUUAUGGAACAUCAAAAAGAAAUAUCACGUGAUAUCGGCAACCAUAUAAGCAAUGUUUUGAAAAGCUUGGCAACUAGCCCAUUCGCUUUUAACAAAGCGAAAAUAGAUGGAAAUAGUUUGAAUGCUUUAAAGCGUAAAGCCGUCAUCGAUAAAUCGGAACAAGCAAAACUGCAAAAAGCUUGUAAGAAACCUAAUCAUGGUCCAAAUUUUACACCCGCACUAACUCGUACGGAAAUAACAAAAGAUGAUAUAGCGGAACAAAAUACAAAGGUCGGCCCAACUGAGGCGAUAAAAGUUGCUACGCCAACGCAAGAAGUGAACGUCGUUGACAAGGCUACAAAUAGUAGCAAGAGUAAUCCCUCCCGGCGCGAAUCAGAGGAAAGCGGUGUCACCGUAACAACAACAACAAUAACAAGCAGUACAACAUCGGUAACUAGCGGUACAGAUUCAUCAUCAUCCGAUUCAGAUUCAGAUACCGACGGAACUUCUAAUGAUUCGAAGAAACUGAACGCGCCCUAUCCCACAUACAAAGUUGAAAAUAUUUACAAAAUUGUAGUCCAAAAUUUAGAAGAAUGUGUAACCAGAUUUCCUGAACACUACAAAUCGAUUUAUCGCCUAGCGUAUCAUUACAAAAACACACACCUUUCAAAUUUUAAAAAUUUACAACGUUGCGAAGAGCUGUUGCUGGGACAAUAUAAAACUAGUUUGGAGAAUCAAAUUAAUGGUGUAUUCUAUGAUAGGAAAUGGAAUAAUAUCUUCAAUGGCAUUUGGCGUAUACCAUCGUCGGAAAUUGAUCGGCCUGGAAAUUUCUCCUCGCAUCUGGUUAAGUGUACAACUAUUGCUAUUGAAUUGUUGUAUGAAAAUAAAAACCACAAAUUGUUAAUCGAUGUGGGAUUACAAUUAUAUAAGAUGCCAGAACAAGAUAAACGCUAUAUAAAAGAUUGCGAACGAGUAAAACUAUCUCAACAAGCUCUAAAUAAUUGUGCUCAAAUAAUGCGUGAUAUUUUAAAGGCAAAUAUUGAAAAUCGUAAUGACGUGGAAAUAUUAAAUCUUUUAAUCGACAUUUACAAAAUUCAUAAGAAAUGUUUGAAAUAUAUGAAUCAAAAGGAAUCACUCUUCACAGAACUUAUGAUCGAUGUAUAUAAAUUUUACAUACAAGAUAAAGUGGAAAAUGUGCCAGAGAACUUGAAUUUCUUCGAUUUGGCUAUUAAACUUUGCUUACACGAAAUAGCAAAUCGUCGUAAUCAGGAGAAAAAUAAUAGCAAUGACACUGAUUUGUCACAGACUUUAUUGGGUCAAAUAGCCCAACCAUUAAUCACCAAGCCUAAACAGGUCUAUAUACCCGGUUUAACAAUGCGUCAACGUGGUAGAUCAAGUCUAAAUAAAAGUAUGGAGAGUGGCAUUGGUAACGAAAAUAUACAUAACAUGAACAUGCCAGCUCCAACAUCUGCCGGCGAGUCUAUUUGGAGUAAUUUAUUAAGAGGAGAUUUGCUUUCAUUAGAGAUGCAGCAGAUACUGGAUGCUUCCAAGCAGUUAAUUGAAAGCAAACAACACGAUCCGUUUUUCAUGAAAGAAGUCUUAGAGCAAUAUAAAUCCAUGUUUCAAACUAUGCAAACUAAUCCAAUAACUGGUACUCCAAUUCCCUCCGUCAUGGCGCCGCUUCCUCCUGCAUCUACGAAUCCAGUAUUUUCUUCAAUGAAUAGCAUUCCCGCAAUUGUACCGAAUCCAAUAUACCUCUCAACUUCGUUACCAUUGGAAACUACAAUAACACCAUCGAUAUCGAAGAAUCCUCAAGAGGCAACAUCCAACCUGACAUCGAUUAGUACUUCUCAAGCACUAGCUAAUUAUGACAUAACAAUUACACCCUUCAGCAACAUGAACACAUCGUUGCCACUGAACUUUCCAGUCGUCUCCACCACUGCUGGUAUAAAUACUAAACCAGCAAUGUCAUCAACCAACGUCAAUCCUACAGAUUCGCUUAUGACCUCACCUUUUAUGUACAAUGCAUGUCCCGUCUCAACUGUACCAUCACACAUACAGCCAACAAACUUCGCAACAAUGACCUCGAGUAGCAGUGGUAGUCCAACAACACAAAGUAAAUCGAAAGGAUCAGUUGUCAAACAACAACCACAACAACAACAACCCCAACAACAGCAACCACCACCACCACCGCCGCCAGCAAUGCAAUCACAACAAAAUUUUCCUAUGCCAACCACGCAACAGAAGCAACGUACUGCCACCAAGCGGAAGUCUAAGCAAACACUACCCGUGAACACCAUAAAUUCAAAUACUUUACCAAAUACUCAGCAAAUGGUUAAACAAGAGCCUACUAGCUCACCAACGACCAUAAUGGUUGGUGAAAAUCAUCCGCUAUUUUGUCCUACUUUGGAUGCAACCAAUGCAAUGAAACAAUUCGCGGUAAGUCCUCUUCCAUUAUCAAUCGGUUCAACGGUACCGCAAGCAGUAACAUUUUCACAGCCACAGAGCUCGCCGCAAAGUGUAGCUGGCAGUCAGCCAACGACGCCGACUAAAACUUUACAACAAAAAUUGGCCGAGCGUAAAAAAGCCAAUCAACAAAAUGAAACAAUGAACUUGUCUAAUUCUAGUUCAAAAAAUAAUACAGAAAUUAUAAUUUUAGACUGAUAGU